AUGUUUGCAUCUAAGAAUGGACUAAAGGGAGACCCAAGGCUUGAAGCAAUUUCUGAAGCCAUUAGAGUCGUACCUCAUUUUCCUAAACCAGGAAUAAUGUUUCAAGAUAUAACAACUUUGUUGUUGGAUCAUAAGGUUUUCAAAUACAUUGUCGACAUUUUUGUCGACAGGUACAAGAACAUGACUAUCUCUGUCGUUGCUGGAAUUGAAGCUAGAGGGUUCAUGUUUGGUCCUUCUAUUGCCUUAGCUAUUGGUGCCAAGUUUGUUCCCCUACGUAAACCAGGAAAGUUGCCAGGAAAAGUAAUAUACCAAGCUUAUGAGCUGGAAUAUGGUGAAGAUUGUCUAGAAAUGCAUAUUGGUGCUGUACAGGAGGGCGAAAAGGCUUUGGUAAUUGAUGACGUGGUGGCUACUGGUGGGACCCUUUCUGCUGCUAUUAAACUUUUAGAAAGAAUGGGGGCUGAAGUGGUUGAGUGCGCCUGUGUUGUUGGGCUGCCUGAGCUCAAGGGACAAAGCCGGUUAAACGGGAAGCCACUUUACAUACUAGUCGAGCCACGCGAAAUAGAAAACUGCUGUUGA